AUGGACUAUGUGCCGGGUAAAGAGAUAGUGGUCGCUCGCUACGAGCGUAUAAUCGAGAAGAUUGCAGAGAAUGGAUCCUCUGAAGUCAAGGCUUGGCUCACCAAGAACACUACGAACAACGUUCCAUGGGUCCUUCGGGCCUUGCCGGAGUACGUGCAAGUUCUCAAGAAUCAGUUUCCCGGAGUUCUGGACGUCAUGAAGCAUUCUCGCAACAGUGGCUGCGUCAACGGCACAGCACUCCUUUCGAUCGAGCAGAAAGUCUCCACCGUGGAUGCAGAGAAGCGUCCAAAGUACCUAUAUCGAACUAUACAUGGCGAUCAACCUUACGGAGGAAUCAAAGCCAGAUUGGGCCGAGGGACCGAUCCAAUAUUCUUACACAUCCACCUGCGCAAGCACCUUCGCUGGCGCUGUCGGGAACUAAGUCCGUUCCUCUCGGCAACCGACAGUAAGGAAAAGGCCAUCCGCAUCGCGACUUUGUACAACCUGCGGGGAUUCCAGAACAUCACGAUCCUGAUAUUCAAAACAACUGGCUCGGCUUGGGACCAUGGAGUGCAACGCCUUUGGGAUCCCAAAUUACUGCUUCGGGACCUCAAUUUGUACGGAGACCUUAUGCCGUGGCUCGAUAAUGAGUUCCUCGUCGAGCACUCCAUUCCAGAGUCGAGCAUCGCCAAACGCUGGGAUUGGGGGAGCGAAAGUCAACGAAAUGAAGUCGACCCAGGUGGUCGCUACGCGAGAAUUGCCCGCUUUUACUACAGUGGAAAACACAACAUGGCCAUCAAGCGAAAGGAUAAGCGCGACGCCGUGAAGAAGGAAGCUGAGAAUACAGCUUCGAGAAAGCGCAAGGCCUCUGAGGAAGGCGGCGAAACCGGCAAAGACAAUGAAGAUGGAUCGGAGCCUGAGCAGAAGAAACGAAAGUACGGCAAGCGAGUCAACGUUGGUCCCAAGUUGAGACGCGACGGCGGUGCUUGA